CUUGGUGCGCGGGCACAGCAGCCAGGCUGCCGGAGAGCUGAUCUCGGAGAUUCGGGUGCGGAGCCCUUGGCCUGGAGGCGAUAUGGGUGGUCCGUGGCCUGGUUCAGUCGUUUGCAGCCGCCUAGGGAACAGGCCUGUCUGGCCCUAAGGGAGCCCUCUUUCGAAGUGGUGGUGCUCGGAAGACCUGCUCUCUGCGUUGCUGGGCACCUGUAGGUGUCCCUCGAGAGCUCAGUUUUGAGGUUCAAGUCAGUGUGGCCAUGAAGGGGCUGCCUAUUGGGCUGAUGCUGUGACCCCGGAGUCUUCCUCUCCUGCCAGUCCCCCUGCCCGGAACAUGUGGCUGCAGCCCUCGCUGUCCCUGAGCCCCACGCCCACAGUUGGCCGGAGCCUGUGCCUCACCCUGGGCUUCCUCAGUUUGGUGCUGAGGGCCAGUACCCAGGCCCCAGCACCCACAGUCAAUACUCACUUUGGGAAGCUAAGGGGUGCCAGAGUACCAUUGCCCAGUGAAAUCCUGGGUCCUGUGGACCAAUACCUGGGGGUACCCUACGCAGCUCCCCCGAUCGGCGAGAAACGUUUCCUGCCCCCUGAACCACCCCCAUCCUGGUCGGGCAUCCGGAACGCCACACACUUUCCCCCAGUGUGCCCCCAGAACAUCCACACAGCUGUGCCCGAAGUCAUGCUGCCAGUCUGGUUCACUGCCAACUUGGAUAUCGUCGCCACUUAUAUCCAGGAGCCCAACGAAGAUUGCCUCUAUCUGAAUGUGUAUGUGCCCACGGAAGAUGUAAAGCGGAUUUCCAAGGAAUGCGCCCGAAAGCCCAACAAGAAAAUUUGUAGGAAAGGAGGAUCCGGCGCUAAGAAACAGGGCGAGGACUUAGCGGAUAAUGACGGGGAUGAAGAUGAAGACAUCCGAGACAGUGGUGCUAAACCUGUCAUGGUCUACAUCCACGGAGGCUCUUACAUGGAAGGAACAGGCAACAUGAUUGAUGGCAGUGUUCUUGCAAGUUACGGCAACGUCAUCGUCAUCACCCUCAACUAUCGGGUCGGGGUGCUAGGUUUCCUGAGCACUGGAGAUCAGGCUGCCAAGGGCAACUAUGGGCUCCUUGAUCAAAUCCAGGCCCUUCGCUGGGUGAGUGAGAAUAUUGCCUUCUUUGGAGGAGAUCCCCGUAGAAUUACUGUCUUUGGCUCUGGCAUCGGUGCAUCCUGUGUCAGUCUCCUUACACUGUCUCAUCAUUCUGAGGGGCUUUUCCAGAGGGCCAUCAUCCAAAGUGGCUCUGCUCUAUCUAGCUGGGCUGUGAACUACCAACCAGUGAAGUACACCAGCUUGCUGGCAGACAAAGUGGGCUGUAACGUCCUGGACACUGUGGAUAUGGUGGAUUGUCUUCGACAAAAGAGUGCCAAGGAGCUGGUAGAACAGGACAUUCAGCCAGCUCGCUACCAUGUGGCUUUUGGCCCUGUGAUUGAUGGUGAUGUCAUUCCUGAUGACCCUGAGAUCCUUAUGGAGCAGGGAGAGUUCCUCAACUAUGACAUCAUGCUAGGCGUCAACCAGGGUGAGGGUCUCAAGUUUGUGGAAGGGGUGGUGGACCCCGAGGAUGGCGUCUCGGGCACUGACUUUGACUACUCUGUCUCCAAUUUUGUGGACAAUCUGUAUGGCUAUCCUGAGGGUAAGGACACCCUGCGGGAGACUAUCAAGUUCAUGUAUACGGACUGGGCAGACCGAGAUAACCCCGAGACCCGCCGUAAAACACUGGUGGCACUCUUCACUGACCACCAGUGGGUGGAGCCUUCAGUGGUGACAGCCGAUCUGCACGCCCGCUAUGGCUCACCUACCUACUUCUACGCCUUCUACCAUCACUGCCAGAGCCUCAUGAAGCCCGCAUGGUCAGAUGCAGCACACGGGGAUGAAGUGCCCUAUGUUUUUGGUGUCCCUAUGGUAGGUCCCACUGACCUUUUCCCCUGCAACUUCUCCAAGAACGAUGUUAUGCUCAGUGCUGUUGUCAUGACCUAUUGGACCAACUUUGCCAAGACCGGGGAUCCCAACAAGCCGGUACCCCAGGAUACCAAGUUCAUUCACACCAAGGCCAACCGCUUUGAGGAAGUGGCCUGGUCCAAAUACAAUCCCCGGGACCAGCUCUACCUUCACAUCGGGCUGAAACCAAGGGUUCGUGAUCAUUACCGGGCCACAAAGGUAGCCUUUUGGAAACACCUGGUGCCCCACCUGUACAACCUGCAUGACAUGUUCCACUAUACAUCCACGACCACCAAAGUGCCGCCCCCGGACACCACCCACAGCUCCCACAUCACCCGUAGGCCCAACGGCAAGACCUGGAGCACCAAGCGGCCGGCCAUCUCACCUGCCUACAGCAAUGAGAAUGCCCCUGGGUCCUGGAAUGGGGACCAGGAUGCGGGGCCACUCCUGGUCGAGAACCCUCGAGACUACUCCACUGAAUUAAGUGUCACUAUCGCUGUGGGGGCCUCCCUCCUGUUUCUCAAUGUGUUGGCCUUUGCUGCCCUCUAUUACCGUAAGGACAAACGGCGCCAGGAGCCCCUGAGGCAGCCUAGCCCCCAAAGGGGAACUGGUGCCCCUGAAUUGGGAACUGCUCCGGAGGAGGAGCUGGCAGCAUUACAGUUGGGUCCCACUCACCAUGAAUGUGAGGCCGGCCCCCCACAUGACACACUUCGCCUCACAGCACUGCCCGACUAUACCCUGACCCUGCGGCGCUCCCCUGAUGACAUCCCACUCAUGACUCCCAACACCAUCACUAUGAUUCCUAAUUCCCUGGUUGGGUUGCAGACCUUGCACCCCUAUAACACCUUUGCCGCAGGGUUCAACAGUACUGGGCUGCCCCACUCACACUCCACUACCCGUGUAUAGCUCUAUCCUGGAGCACAGCCCAUCUCCCAGCUCCCUCCCUCCCAGAUCCACAAACACACAUGCACACACAUACACAUAUAUGUACACGCACGCACCCACACCCUACAGCAGACCCAUCUGCAUAAACACAGACAGAUGUGGACAUGCACCCGCAUGUACAAAAACACAAAUCCAGACGUGAACCUGAAUAGGCCCUUCAAAUGGGGACACAUAGGAGUCCUUGGUACCAAGGGCCCAUGGAACAGCAGCUGGAACCAGCUCCUUGAGCCCGACCACAGACACUCCUGGGGCCCUGGAAGCCACAGCCGGACACCCCCUUGGUGCUUGCCUUCUCGGAACUGCACCUCUACCAACUGCAGACUCGGGAGCUUUAAAGAGCAGGAUAGCUCUUCCUCCCCCAGACUUGGUCUUUUCUCUGGGUCUUGUUUUUGUUGAUUUUUUUCUUUUUUAAAUUGGAACCAAUGCUAUUCCAGCCCAUUGAGUGCUAAGCAGCUCUGGAAGGGAGGGCUCCAAGAUCAGGACUCUCUGGUUCUGGGACUCCCAAUGUUCAUACAAUCAGACCAAGGAGAAGGACCCUCCAAGACAGUGACAGAUGGGCACAAGACUAUGGGGUGAGAGGAGGAAGAGGCUAGCAAUGGAUGGGGCUUGAGAGCCAGCAAGGACAGAGCACCAACUGGCUCUGGGCCUCCCAGAGAGGACUACAGAGCCUACAGGGUGACCUGCUUCCGCAAAGGCCAGCAGCAGCAGCCUGUCUGGAGAAGCCUAGGUUUGAUAAACUAGGUACUGUGGAGGCCCUGACCUUAUAGGGCCCCUGGGUAUAUAAUCUGGGUUCUGCCUCUGCCCUUGGGGACAUGAUAUCAGAAAUUUGCCCCAUUUUCUUUACAGUCUCUUUGUGUCUGUCAUUUCUCUUUCAAAACAACGGUGUUUUUUUUUUUUUUUUUGUUUUUGGUUUUUUUUUUUUUUUUUUUUUAAGAAAAGUUCUUAAAACACUAACGGAAACCCAUGGAGUUUGUCCUUUGUAAAAAUUUUAAACACAGUGUCUUGAUAUAAAAAUAAAAAAUCCAGUUAGCACUCCCAACCUGCCUCCAUUGCACAGGCCUGCCCCAACAGCCUCUGGAGCCAGGGGCCUGCUCAGGCUGGAAGCUCAAUGCUCCAGCAGCCUGUGGCCUCCUGCCUUGUAGCACCUACAAGUCUGGGCUCUGCUCUACUUGUCCUAGGCCCCCUGCACAAAGCCUCUCUCAUCCUAAUCAUGUUGCUGUACCAUCCUCCUGCCUCCCGACGCUUUGAGUUCCUGCAGCAGAAACCUCUCAUCGCCUCGGGUCUCCUAAUGAAACAGCAAAAAUAAUACUUCCUUCCUCUGCCACCAAGCCACCACCACUGCUGCCACCACCUCCUCCAAAGCCACCACUAUCGUGGUCAUCGUCUUGCCCUCAUCUUGGACUGGUGGCUAGGAGGAGGCUUGACCUCUGACCUGCUGAAACGCUUUCUCCUGUGGAUAUGUGGCAUCAGAUUGUGACCUGCUCUGUCUCCAUUGACUUACAGAAGGGCCAUUCUUCCCUCAAGGGAUGUAGGUUUCCUUUUCUUUGAAUUGGAAUAGCAUAAGUCACUGGAGAUCAAUUUCUCUGGGGGACUGUCAUUAGUGGCUCCCUAACAACUCUGGGGGAUGGAUUCAAGGUGGGGCCUCAUAGGGUUAGCAUUAUGAGGUUUCCUAUUGUCCUCCGUGACUUGAAGGGCUGCAGUUGAAAUCUGCUCGUCAAGUGUGACAGUUGGGCAGGGUUGCCGAUACUCGGAAGCCAGGAAUAGAAUUCUUCAAAGUGACCCUGACAAAAUGAAGGAGAUGAGCCAUCACAAGGCAGGAUGAUGUACAAAGGGGACCAGUGCAAGGUACUGUAUACAAAGAUCGAAGCCAGAACUCAUACAUGAAACCAGAACAGGUAAUGGCUGAACCAACACAGGGACAGUUACCAGAGGGACCGGGAGAGGGAAUGCAUGUUGAAUGAUUUCAUGAUUGGAGAAUAGCUUUGGAGAAUAGCUUUGGGCCCUCUCCUUCUCUUCUUCUUUUUUUUUUUCCUUUAUAGUUUCUGAAACAAAGAUACAAGCAUAUAGUAACAAAAGCGUCAGGGAGGAUCUAGGAAGUAAUCACAGAGGGACUGUUAAAAAAGAAGUCACCCCCGUGGAAAGAGAGGACCAGGAGUUCAAGAUUAUCCUUGGCUACAUAGUGAGCUUGAGGCUAGCCUGGGCUA